AUGUUGGCUGCCAAUGCAUAUAAAAAGUAUGAUAAUUCAAAAUUGCCUAGACAAAAUAAAUACAUUAAAAUAGCGACACUUGUCAAACCUGCCCUCUUGAUGCAACAGUCUAGACCUUAUGAUUGCUGCGAACUAGGACGGAUUCGAGUCAAGAGUCAAAGGCUCAAGAGAUCUGCACCCGGGUAGGUGUUGGCUGCUUUCCUGUAGUUGGGAAUGGAGGUGCGAAAAAAAGUCCUUUUGGAUCCGAGGAUCCAUGGGCAUUUCUCUACCGAGAAAACUUGGGGUUUCAGCUCAGGCAUAGGGAAGUAGUCUUUUUCCUGUAGCAGUCGAAGGAAAGCAUUUCGGCACCCGAAAGACUCCAAUUGCCUGUAGCAGGGCCUCAGAAAUCCAUAAGCACUCAAGACUGAAGCCGCAAGGAAAGGAGGAGGUAGAAACUACCGGAAGUGGCAUCCACCUUCGGGGGGAGGACCACCUGGGCUGGAGUCAAAAAGCAUUAGAAUCUCCAAUACGGAAGGCCUUUAGUGACUGCGUCACCAAUAUGGCUAACGCCUGAAUUUUAAUAAUCCUAAUUCUACGCCUAGAGAAAAUGCAAAUUCUAACGAACAGUCGAAGCGUUUCACGUUCCCAAAGCUCCCUUUUCUAUCUCGAGCAUGAAAAGUUGGGAAAUAUUAUAAUGGCUCUGGAAAUUCAAAAUAUAUCCAAAGGGUCGAAUCAGAGCCAACGAUUUUGACCCCAAGGACUUCUAAAACCGCUAAAUCAGUUACUCCUGUAAGCUUUAAUUCGAAAUAUCAUGCAAACACAGAAACUGAGCGUAAUUUCAAUACAAAUAAUGGCUAUUUUUCCAUGAUUAACGCUCAGAAAGUGCAUUAUGAUCCAAUAACCAAUGCCCCUUUAAAUGUGAAAUCUGCUACUACGUGCUUGAAGAGGAAAGAAAUAGAGACACUUAUGAGGGAAGAGAUAAGAUAUAACCGCAAGCUAAAUCCUCAAUAUCAAGAAGCAUUAGCAAAGAAUCCCAAAGUUUUUUUUAGGAGAUCAGGAGAAUUCACAAAGUUUGAUGACAUGUGUGUGCAGAAAAAUGGAGGAAAUCCAUUUUAUCAUCCACUUUCCCUAACCCUCCUUCAUGGGCGAGCAAAAAAGUAAAUUUUUAAGCAUCCCAAUUUGAUUUGAAAAAUUUAUAUUUAAAAUGCAAGCUGCUUUAAUUCAACAGAAUUAGCUAUAUUUCGUAUACUAAUUAUCUCUUUAUAUCAAAUUAUUUUUCUAUAAAAUUUUUUUGAAGAAAGAGUAAAUAAAAAUAAGUAG